AGGGGAACAUGCAGAAGCCGCACAAGGAAAAAAAGAGGGCAAGUGGAAAAAGCUUAAUUCUCCUAUACGUACGGCCACACUCUUCUGUGUCUCUACUCGGGAACUGCGACGCAUAAGCGAUUUCCGGAGAGCGAAGCGAUUUUUCGUUUGUUUUGUUCCAAACUGUGUAUAACUGGAGCGCGAGCCAGUAAGACCGGAGAAGGAGUGUGGUGGAUUAGCGAGGAAUUAGGGUUUUUUUUAUCGCCGGAGAGGAUGGAACAAUCAGCAAAAACUGAAGGCUUACACUUUAAGUGGGGUAAAAAGAGAGGAACCGGUGUGGAAAACAAGGAUGUCCAGUUCUAUGAAUCUUUCACCUACGGUGGUUCUGUGUACCGUCUUUAUGACUGUGUUUCGAUUGGCGAUGCCCGUAGACCAAACUCCCCGGAGUUCUUUGUUGGCAAGAUCAUAAACAUGUGGGAACACAACGAUCAGCGCCAAAACCCAAGGAAAGUGGAGCUGCUCUGGUUCUUCAAACCCUGUGAGCUUUCGUUGCUUCUUCAAGGAGUUCAAGAUGUACUUGCGAACGAACUGUUCUUGGCUUCGGGUUCAGGUGUUGGCCUCACCAAUGAAAACCCAUUGGAAGCAAUUUCUGGAAAAUGUAACGUUCUAUGCAUCUCCAAGGACGUGAGAAAUCCACAACCCUCAGAUGAAGAUAUCAAGUUGGCCGACUUCCUUUUCCACCGAUCUUUUGAUGUUGGAACUUCCAAGAUCUUAGAAAAGAUAGAUGAUGAUAAAGUCGCUGGAGUUGAUGUUAAAUUUAUCUUUAACAGAACCAGUUGUGAGAAAAAAGCUAGAGCAACUUACUUACAAGGGGCUGCAGAUAGGUUGAAACCAAAUCCUCCUUCAACUAAGGGUUCAGUUAGGCAGAAUGAAAGUCAAGUCAGUGAUUUUUCUGGUCAUAGGAAGAGCGAUUAUGGUUACAAGAAAGAAAAAGAUAAUGAAUGUCACAAACAGUUGGCUAGAAACAAAUCUACAGUUGCAGCAGAAGAAGGGUGUAACAAGGAUUCUGGUUGUAACGCUUCUACUUCCAGGAGAGAUGAUUGCCAUGAAAAGAAAGACCAAGACAAUGAAGUUGAAAAUCAAUUGGCUAAACAAAAAUCAAGGCUUGCAGAGGAAAGACGCAGUAAAGAUUCUUACUGUUUGGAUGACGUGCUUCAAAAAGCACGGAGGCUAAAUGGUUCUGUUGCAUUAUCAGAUGGAAGGACGAACGAGUUGCAGAAAAUAAGUCAUGAUGGUAGAAAAGAUAGAAGAUCUAUUAGAAAAGAUGCGAUGAUAGAAAAAUUCAGGCUUGCAGAGGAAAGAUGCAGUAAAGAUUCUUACAGUUUGAAUGGCAUGCCUCAAAAGAAACAGAGGGUAGAUGGUUCUUUUGCAGCAUCAGAUGAGAGGAGGACAGAGUUGCAGAAAAUAAGUCCUACUACAAAAGAUGCGAUGGUAGAAAAAUCAAGGCUUGCAGAGGAAAGACGCGGUAAAGAUUCUUACUGUUUGGAUGACAAGCCUCAAAAGAAACGGAGGCUAGAUGAUUCUGUUGCAGUAUCAGAUGGAAGGACAAAAAUGUCGCAGCAAAUAAGCCAUGAUAGUAGAAAAAAUGUAAAACCUUUUAAAUGUCCUGCAGACAAAGUCACCAGAGGGGAAGUAUAUUCGCAGAAGCCUAGCUUCACUGACAAGAAUCAAGAUCUGCGGAUACCAAGAUUUUCUGAAGGAAAAGUGACCAAACCUGCAAAUGAGAAAGGUCUAUUAAAGAAACCCAGCUCUGGUUGUAAAAUAUCAGAACACACUGAGGAGAAAAUGCUGACCGAUGCCAAUUACACAAGACAAUAUCGAGUCUUUGAAGUGACCCAAAAGCCGAAUGUUGAAGAAAGCAAAUGGUUCCGAAAUCUUACUUGGGAAGAAAAUUUCAGGUGUGCCGAAGGACAAGGGAAUCUGGUUCUUCUUCGAAACUUGGAUCCUAGUUAUUCAUCUAAUGAAGUGGAGAAUAUAGUCUACUCUGCUUUGAAUGAGCAAUGUACGGCGAGGAUGAUAGAGCGAACAUCAGUUACUAUCCCCCAUAUUGGUGAAGCUUUGGUGAUAUUCAAGACAACGGAUGCUGCGAAAAGAGUAAUUAGAAGACUAGAUGAGGGAUGCUUGUUGCUAUCAAAUGGAAGGACACUUGUUGCUACUAAGGUGGAUCCUCCAGGGAUGCCUCCAUUGCAGUUCACUGGCCAUAUUAAACUUAGAGCUCAAAGGCGACGAGAGAAGACAAAUGCGGUGGGUACUUCAUAUUCCUCUCAGGUUAACACCCUUGACUUUGAAUUGGCAUUGGAAUGGGGCUUGCACCUAGACAGAUACGAGCUGACUUGGAAAAGGUUAUACGAGCGACAAUUGGAAGAGAAAAGGAAGUUGAAGAUGGAUUUUAAGCCAAACUAUGCUUAGUCUCAGCAUCGUCUAGUGUAAGUAAAAAGUCCCACUGGAGAAGCUGUGUCUCUGUCACUUAGUAUGGAGUUUGAUUAUCUUGUGUUGAAGAAUCAAGAAAUUGGACAUGAGAAGGAGAACACACACAAUAACAGUGACGAGAUUUUGAUAGUUUGGUUGAUGUUAUAUAUCAUACCAAGAACAUGAUGCCGUCGUGUCCGACCCCAACUAACUUUCAACGACAAAUUCAUUUCUCUAGAUAUAAAAUUUCGAUCAAAAUGUGCAGGAAAUUAACUUUUAGUUUCUUAUCUCUCACAGCUGUUUAGGCACAGCUGAUUCAACUGUAGUCUCAAAAUAUCUCUUCUUCUUUUUAUUUGGGGAAAAUUGGGAUGUAACUGUAGACCAAACUCUUUAAAGUUCAUUGUAGAAAUAUCAAACUCUAAUGAUUCUAAAAAGGAAACCAAAAGAAAAAAGAAAACCUUUUCGUUAGUGUCGAUUGAUUCGAUGGAUGCAAAACGUUACGUGUAAUAAAGGUGUACAAGACGACGACGUAGUGCGUUGAGAUAUGUGACCGUUAGCUCAUCCUAUUUUUUUAAAAAAAUAUGAAUAUACAGACAAGACACCACUAUACCAUGAGAGAGCGAGUACAUAAGACAUCUCCACUCUCGGCGCGUGGGAAAUAUCAGUUCUUCUCUCUCUCUCUUCUCUGUGUAUCUUUGUCCCUCCUUGUCAGUACUCUCUUUUUCAUUUCAAUCUUUCUUUCAGAAAUCUCACUUCACUUGUGGGGGGGUAUAAUGGGGUGUGCGCAAUCUAGGGUUGAUAACGAAGAGGCGGUUGCGAGAUGCAAGGAUCGCCGGAACGUCAUCAAGGAGGCGGUUGCGGCUAGCAAAGCCUUCGCCGCCGGUCAUUUCGCCUACGCCAUUGCUUUGAAGAACACUGGCGCUGCUCUCAGUGACUAUGGCCAUGGCGAAUCUGAUCAGACCCUUGACGUCUUGGAUCAAAGCCAUUACCAGCAACAGAAGGACCGCACCGUGGAUCCUGCUCCUCAGCCUCCUCCGCCUCCGCCUAUUGAGAAUCUCCCUCCUCCUCCUCCUCCUCUCCCUAAAUUCUCCCCUUCUCCGAUUAAGCGCGCCAUUAGCUUGCCUGCCAUGGCGGUUAGAGGUAGGAAGCUUCGUACUGUGGAUUCCAUGGCGAUUGAGGAGGAAGAUGAAGAGGAAGAGGAAGAGGAGGAAGAUGAGGGAGUGAAGGACGGCGCUAGAGCCGCCGCUCGUAAGGAGGAUGAACAGUCUUCGCCCAGAACGCCGGAGAAUGCUGGAAAUGGUAGAAAGCGACCGGAGACGCCGGAGAUUGCGAGUGCCUCGCCGGCGAAUAGUAUGGCUUGGGAUUACUUUUUCAUGGUGGAGAAUGUGCCUGGACCUAACUUAGACGAUAGGGAAAUGGGGAACGGGUAUCAGACUCAGAACAAUCAUCAUUUCGAGUUCAAUGAAGAGGAAGAAGAAGAAGAAAGAUCUGGCAUAUUCCGUAAGAACUCAGGUCACAAAGUUGUCGAGGAAAUGGAGCCAAAAACGCCGGAGAAAGUGGAAGAAGUUGAAGAAGAAGAAGAAGAAGAAGAAGAGGAAGACGAAGAUGAAGAAGAGGAGGAAGAAGAGGAAGAAGAGGAUGCAGUGAUGGCAGAGGCGAAGAAGAAAAAGAAAGGGAAAGCUAAGAUUGAGCAUUCCGUCACCGCUCCAGCGGAGUUCCGGCGUGCGGUUGCCAAUACCGCUGCAUCAAACGUGAAUUUGAUGAAGAUUCUGGAUGAGAUUGAUGAUCGGUUCCUCAAAGCGUCAGAGUGCGCCCAGGAAGUCUCCAAAAUGCUGGAAGCAACAAGGCUUCAUUAUCACUCGAAUUUUGCAGAUAAUCGAGGAUAUGUUGAUCAUUCUGCUAGGGUAAUGCGGGUUAUAACUUGGAAUAAAUCAUUAAGAGGCAUUUCCAAUGGUGAAGGUGGAAAAGAUGAUCAAGAAUCAGAUGAACAUGAGACUCAUGCGACGGUGUUGGACAAAUUGUUAGCAUGGGAGAAGAAACUCUAUGAUGAAGUGAAGCAAGGUGAGCUUAUGAAGAUAGAGUAUCAGAAAAAGGUAUCUUUACUCAACAGGCAUAAAAAAAGAGGUGCGAGUGCAGAAACCGUGGAGAAAACAAAGGCGGCCGUGAGUCAUCUACACACGAGAUAUAUCGUUGACAUGCAAUCUAUGGAUUCAACGGUCUCAGAAGUAAACCGUUUAAGGGAUGACCAAUUGUAUCCAAGACUUGUCUCCCUAGUCGAAGGGAUGGCGAAGAUGUGGACAAACAUGUGCAUACAACAUGACACGCAACUACAGAUUGUUGGAGAGCUAAAAUCACUUGAGAUCUCAACUUCUCAGAAAGAAACCACGAAGCUACAUCACCAACAGACACGUCAGUUCUGCACCGUCUUGGAGGAAUGGCAUGUUCAGUUCGAUAGACUCGUGACCCACCAGAAGCAGUACAUUAACUCUCUCAACAGCUGGUUGAAGCUAAACCUUAUCCCCAUCGAGAGCAGUCUUAAAGAGAAGGUUUCCUCUCCUCCAAGGCCUCAGCGCCCGCCAAUCCAAGCACUCCUCCACUCGUGGCACGACCGUCUCGAGAAACUUCCCGAUGAGGUCGCCAAAUCAGCUAUCUCGUCUUUCGCUGCAGUCAUCAAAACGAUCUUGCUUCAUCAGGAGGAAGAGAUGAAGCUGAAGGAGAAGUGCGAAGAAACCAGAAGGGAGUUUAUAAGGAAGAAGCAAGGCUUUGAGGAGUGGUAUCAGAAACACUUGCAGAAAAGAGGACCAACGGAGGAAGGUGAAGAUGGGGAAGACGCAAGCAGCAGAGAUCAUGUCACGGAGAGGAGAAUCGUUGUGGAGACACUGAAGAAAAGGCUUGAAGACGAAGAAGAAGCUCACCAGAGACAUUGUGUUCAGGUGAGAGAGAAAUCUCUCAACAGUUUGAAGAUCAGAUUGCCGGAGAUCUUCAGGGCACUCUCUGAUUAUGCCCACGCUUGUGCUGACUCAUACGAGAAGCUCAGAAUCAUUUCGCAGGCUCAGAAAGCCACUGUAUCUUCUUGAACCAGUCUUUAGACCAAAGAUUAAAAAAUCUCUUUCUGCUUAUGUAUUAAGAAAAAAUCUUUGUUUGGAUGAAUAGUUUGUAGAAGUUUUAACUUAAAAAAACUCUUGCAGAACUACAUUACGCAUUUUCUUCAUCGGCUAAUGUUAUUAAAUGGG